UAAUGUCAGCAAAUAUGUUUCUGACUUGCUCGCACUGUAGUUUUUGCAUAAUGUAUGUAUGUAUGUAUGUAUGUGUGCACAAAAUAUGACUGCUCUUAAUCCAAUUCACCAGUUACAGUGUAGAUGUUAUCUUUCAACAUAAAGUGAAUUUUAAAGCAAAGAGCUAGCAGCAGGAUUUUAUCAGCUGAGGGACAACAGAGGCAACAGAUGUUACUCGUGUGCUGGUCCAGAAAAAAAGUGAAAAAGAGGGAAAGAAAGAAGAAGGGAAUCCCACAGAGAGAAUGGUGUGCAAAGUGCAGAGGGAAUAAAGGGUGUCAUGGAAAUUAUUGCGAAGGAAGAAAGGAAAGCUUCAAAGGUGGGUGACAGGUGAGAAAAGAGAAUGAGAGGGUGAGUGAGACAGGUAGAGUGGGAGCUAAAGAGAGACAGAGAGUGGGAGUGAGAGAGAGAGAGCGUGUUGCGCUACAUGCCUCUAAGUUCCCUGAAGGUGCGCUGUCGGAGAAGUAGCUGCCCUGCUGAGUAAAACAAAAACAACAGGAAGAGGGAAAAAGAGUGGAGCCUCCAAAAAUAGGAUAGAGACCAAAUAUCAGAGAGUGAAGGGAGACGCAGAAGGGGAGAGGAGUGAAAGAGGGGGAAACUGGGGCACAAGCACAUUAGUGACACGCAUCAACAUCGGCAGGCGGGAGCAAGAGAGCGCUGAGGAGAGCGAAGAAGAGGGAGGAGAUGAAGAGCAAGGAGAGGAGGAGGAGAACUGACAAGACGGGGGAAAAGUGCUGAUGGCAGAAGUGUGAUGGUGCACCCUAUCAGGACCUGAGAGUGACUCCCCCCCUUGUUUCCUUCUUCCUCUCCUGCCCUGUCUCCUUAUCCCUUCUCUGACCCUGUCCCCUCCUCCUUCACUCUCCUUUCCUCUCCUCUCUCUCUCUCUCUCUCUCUCUCUCUCUCUCUCACACACUCUCGCUGUCUCUCCCUCUCUUCCCACAGUCAGACCGGGGAGAGCGGAGCGCCUGGGUCGCAUCUCCGUCUCUCUCUUUCAUUUCUCUGCCAUCCCUCUGCACUCUCCCCAGCUCCUCUGUUUGUCAUUCUGCAGCUGAAACCCUGUAAGAAAAUUCCCAGAGCUCGGCAUCAGAGGAAGGACACGGGAGCAGGAGAGACCGCGGCGGGGGAAUAAUUUGGGGAUCCCUCAAAGAACUGAGGAGUCUUUUGUUCUUUUCAUGCUUUUGAUGAUUGACCUGUUCUGCUGCCUGUCGUCUACAAGGAAAGACUUUAAAUGGAAGACUUGAUGUGAGAGUAGAAAACAGAGCAAAAGCUUCUGCAGCAUUAUUUUGCCUCACAGAACAAAGUGAUGCAAAUGGAGACACAGCGUUUGGAAGUGAGCACCUGAAGACUUAAUCUCCAAGAAAAGAACUGCGAAAGAAAGAGACAGGAGAAGCUAAACACAGACUUUGAAUAAAAGAGGACGAGAAUCAAGAAAAAAAGAACGCUCUUUGAGACUUCAGGCUACCCUGCCGGUCUCUGUCUCCUCUCCUUCUGUCCCAUCUGUACCUUCCUCUGCGUCUCGGGCUCUGCUCCCGCCACUGAAGCUCAGCCAUGCAGGUGUCCAUCGCCUGCACGGACCACAACCUGAAGAGGGGGAAUGGGGACCACAGCAAGCAGAGCGCCACCAGCCCCAACGUGGUCAACCAAGCCCGGGCCAAGUUCCGCACCGUGGCCAUCAUCGCUCGCAGCUUCGGCUCCUUCACGCCACGCCACAUUUCACUCAAGGAGUCCACGGGGAAACACACGGGCAUGAAGUACAGGAACCUUGGGAAGUCAGGACUGAGAGUAUCUUGCUUAGGACUUGGUACAUGGGUGACAUUUGGGGGACAGAUAACAGACGAGGUUGCAGAGCAGCUAAUGACUAUUGCCUACGAGAGUGGAGUCAAUCUGUUCGACACAGCUGAGGUCUACGCAGGCGGCAGGGCGGAAGUCAUUCUAGGAACCAUCAUCAAGAAGAAAUGCUGGAGGCGAUCCAGCUUGGUCAUCACAACUAAACUCUACUGGGGAGGAAAAGCAGAGACAGAGAGAGGGCUGUCCAGGAAACACAUUAUUGAAGGUCUUAAAGGCUCUCUACAGAGGAUGCAGUUGGAGUAUGUAGAUGUAGUUUUUGCCAACCGCCCUGACAGCAAUACUCCCAUGGAGGAGAUUGUUCGGGCCAUGACCUAUGUGAUCAACCAAGGCAUGGCGAUGUACUGGGGGACAUCUCGGUGGACGGCCAUGGAGAUUAUGGAGGCGUAUUCGGUGGCAAGACAGUUUAAUCUGAUCCCUCCAGUGUGUGAGCAGGCGGAGUAUCAUCUCUUCCAGAGGGAGAAAGUAGAAGUGCAACUUCCUGAACUUUACCACAAGAUAGGAGUUGGGGCGAUGACGUGGUCACCGCUGGCAUGAGGCAUCAUCACAGGGAAAUAUGAAAAUGGCAUUCCUGAAUCUUCCAGGGCCUCCAUGAAGUCGUAUCAGUGGUUAAAGGAGAAAAUAGUAAGUGAGGAUGGAAGGAAGCAGCAAGCCAAGCUGAAGGAGCUCAACCACAUUGCCGAGAAGCUGGGCUGCACUCUGCCUCAACUGGCUGUGGCGUGGUGUUUAAGAAACGAAGGAGUGAGCUCAGUUCUUCUGGGAACAUCCAACCCUGAACAGCUCACUGAGAACCUCGGGGCCAUACAGGUCCUUCCUAAGAUGACGUCUCAUGUCGUGUCUGAAAUCGACCACAUCCUGGGAAACAGGCCGUACAGUAAGAAGGACUACCGCUCUUAGGCCAGGCUGGUGGACUACCGAAAGGUCAGCCUACCUACUCACCUACCAACUAAACUACACUGCUACCAUGGGCCCACCGUUCAAUGUUUAAGUCCAUGGUUCUCUCCUUGGGCCCCACUCAGCUCCAGCGAACUUCAGCCUGGAACAGACAGUCUUGCUAAGCCCAGCAUUGUCCUGCUCAGAUCAGCUCUACCAAGUUCAUCUCAGGUCCAAUCCAGCUCAGCCAAGAGACGCUCAACAAACUCAGCUUUUUGCAGCCUUAAACACAACUUAGUCCAUCUAAGUGAAUCAAAACUUUGUGCCCCCAACCAAGGUGGUAACUCUAUCAGCGCUGGUCCAUUCAAAUAUAACUAUGCAGAGCUUAGUCCUACCCAUAGAGCACUAUGUCUCAGUUCAACUCCAUCAGGGGCCUCAUCAGGAAAUUAAAUUCAUUGAAUUGAUUUUUCCCCUCACUUCUAUAACAUGGCAAGAACAAUGAUACACAUACAGACACCCUUACAGUUGGAAUUUAAAAAAUACAGCAUGAAAAGCACUGCAGGAGUAUUACAAGUCAAAGUGCCUUGCUCAAGGGCACUUUGAUUGCUGAGCGAAACGGUUGUUACUUAUUCGCUUUUCCUACCUACAUCCUCCCGAUGACUCAGACCCUCAGGUCUCAAGCCUUUCCUCUUUAAUGUCCAGACUUCCACUCACAGGUAAUUUAAUUUGAGCACAAAAUUCAAACUGAGCACAUAUUUUAUUCAUGAGAAUCGCUGUACCACUAGCUGAAUACAUCAAUACAAGGACCUCAGACUUAUAAAUUAGACGUACCUUAGGAAGCAGACAUGACGAAGCUUUAGUUGCAUGAACACCCCCGGUCAGUUAGUCAGCGCUUUCAUUCAAUUGCUAUGCAGUGCAGCGAACAAAAUGGCCAGGUGAGCUCAAUACCCUCACCUCUCGUGUCAAGGGUACACGCUCAAGUCGUCGGAUAAAGUGUCUUUUCCAAUGAAAAGUGAGGUUUGAUAAAGAUCAUAUAUACUUCUCUGGAAAAAAAAGAAGCUUUACAAACAAGACCUCAACGAACCAAUUCCUUAUUAGCUUGAAUUCGCUUCAGACUACCUACCAAAUGUACUCAGCCCUGUAUUACGUAUAGCACAGAAUAGUAUUCAGUAGAUAUUAUAGGCUGCAAAUCCUGAGUGUAUUAACCAACAGGUGCAUGUUUCUCCUGCUAUAGUGUGCCUCUCUUUACUUUUCUACAAAGCACAUAAUGAAACAACAGAAAGGAGUCCUGCAAGCUAGUCUCCUGUCCGUGACCGCCUGUGAAGCAAAGGAUUGUGGAUCAAUAGUGUCAGUGGGAUGGGGCUCUGUUGGGGGAGAGAGUGAAGCAUGUUGCCCUCAUGUGGUCUUUUACAGGAACUGCUCCUCUGCUUCAGUAGAUUAUAGAAGAGAGAAAUAAUGCUUUGCAAAAAGCGGACUAAUUUUCUCUCUGUUUGCAUUCAUUAUGGAGACAUUUGACUCCAUUUCUGCCUGUGAACUGAACCUUCGUUCCCGAUUGCCUCGAUGAAUCUUGCAGUAAAGGACUUAAGCAUAUAACAAAUCUGCGUGAUGAAGGAUGACGAACCUCCUGGCUGGUAAUGGUUAUUAUUACAGCAAAAAUUGCUUGUUAAUGGCACAAGAAGGCAAAGAGGCAAGGUGGGAUGUGGCAAAGAUUACAGUAUAGUACAUUAUUUAUUCUAGAGUAGUAGAUAUAAAUUUAUUUUGACAUUUUGAGAUAUUGUUUGGAGAAUUAUGGGGAUGUACAUAAAAUGUUAAGGCAUACCUUGUAACAUAAGCAAAACCAUGAAGAAGCCUCUCAUGCGUAUGAGGACUUCACAGUACUGUAUGGCUAAUAUAUAAAUAAGAUGUAAAUAGAGUUAUUUUAUUGCUCCUCUGCAGAGUCACUGCAUUAGUCGCAGUGUUCGAGUCACUCUUCAUCCCAUCAUCCUCACAGAAAACAUUUCUGGCUCCUGAAGGACAUUUCAUAUAAGUGUUAUAAAUAUUUAUAAGGAGUAAGAGUCAAUUUUCUUUGUUGCAUCGUGAAGUCAGAUUAGGAAAUCUGUAUUAAUAAUGGCAUUAUUUAAAGACGGAGCUUCUGUAAGUAAUGAGCUUCUGUUUAAACUUAAGCACUGACCUUGAGUCAUUAUCUCUGAGCAGGUGGCUCAGCUCUCACUGUUCACUUCACCUUCAUGCGUUGUUGUUCUGGUUCUUUUUCAUCUGGAAAACAAGCCAUCACAGAGAUCAGCAGAAAUGUUGGCCCGGUUCCAGUCAAGUCACUGUCUUGUACUCGGUGUACAUUUGUUGACUUGUAGCACAAACACCCUCCAGAUUUUAAUCAAAGCAAAGUUCAGCACAUGUACACUCCUGCCAGAAAUUCUGUCACACAUAUUGGAGCGACGCAUCAGUACACAGUGUUUGGCUCAUGGUUUAUUUUGAGAGGUCUGGCCUUGGAUGAUGAAUAGACUUUCUUAUAACUAUUUGCAUCGACUUGGUGUUACAUACAGAGAAGUGUGACCUGACCUCCAGUUUGUCAUCACUGAGAUGCAAAAGCCAAGCAAUUUACUAACAAAAUAAAACAUCCAGAAACCCAAUUUUUCCUUUGCUCUUUUCCCCUAAAACCCCUGGUGGCAAAAUGUGUAAUGUGUACUAACAUGUACUUGUAGUUUGACUGCAAGUCAACGAGCUGCCUGCCAGUUUAAGUCAGUGACUAUUUUGGACCGCGGCGUGCCAGUGUGUGUCGAGACUUCUCCACCCGAUAGAGUGCCUUGUCUUGAGUCCCUCUACAGGAAAAAAUAAUCAGGGAUGUCUUUCAUUACGAGUUGUUAAAUGGUGUUCGGAUGCUGUCCUGCAAAGUGAGAAUUCAACAAUGUGUAUGCAUUUUCUUUUAGUAUUAGAUUCCCUAAUCUAUAGUGUGUUUUACCUGUUCCCUGAGAGGACAGAAAACUUUGCGGUCAAACCCUCACUAGUGUUUGUGUAGAGGUAACCUUCAGAAAUCCGACUCAAAAUUAAGUAUACAAUUCCUAGAAUGUGAGGUAAAUGUGAUCGUCUUUAAUACGGUUUUACCGAUGCAGCAGGAAUCAGUAGCUUCUCCUUCUACCAACCGUUUGCCUCAUGAUGCACCUGUUUGUUUUCAGAAGAGUCUUUACCAGUUCAACAGAAGGAAACAAGCAAUACAUUAUUUCCUAUGGAGAUCAAUGAAUGGAAUUUAAUGUAUUGAUACUUAGAUAAUUUAGGGAAACUGGCCUAAAUAUGACAGCAUUGCCUGGAUGAAAAGUAACAGCCAUCUUCAACAAGUUCACACUCUGGGAAACAGGUCUGAAGGCCAAAGUGGAAUAAACUAUUAACAGUUAAGCUGUGGCUAAAUUCUAAACACUAACAUAUUCAGAUAACAUAAGUCGUCCUGCAAUGUUACACAUAAUCUUUAAUCCAAGAUUUCCUGCUCUGAUAUAAAGCCAGCCUCGAUCAGUUCUCAUAAACGUGUUGACUGAUCUAUUCUACAGAUGUUGUUUUCUACGACCUGUGUCUACAUUUGUGGAUGGAAAAGACUUGACAUUGAGUUUAGUUCUUUUUUUUGUCUGGUUACGGUGACAUACAAUCCAUCAGUGUAUCAUUUCUCUCCUGAACAGUGGUUUCUCUGUAUAUAGUCGAUAUGAAAGUGUGAUUAUAAAUAAAAGCAUUGCCAAUG